AUCAAUCCAUUUCGUCCUCGUCGUGGGCGGGAGACUGCGGUUCUUUCUCAUCGGGGGCUCUCGUUAGGGUUCAGGACCUUUUGCCUUUCUAGCAAUAUUGCUGCCUCUGUAGUCGAUGUGCUUGUGCUUGUUCCCUCGACACGAAUAGUAUCUAGUUUUGUGUUUUUAUUGACUUGUUGGGUAAGCAAGAGGCAGUAGGGGCGGGUAGGGUUCGGAACUCCAGCGCUAUGGAUCUCCUAGCGCAUUACGGAGACGGAGACAGAGCGGACGAGCUGGACUUGCACAUGCGGACUGAGGGAGAGGUCUCUAGUAGUGGCACUUCUUCUCCCGACUCUUCACCAGUCCGUUUGCUAGAGCCCAGGACUGCUGCCGCUCCGGAGGUGAGCGAUUCUUUGCUUGUUAUUGGCGCCCGUGGUGACAUAGGCUCUGUCGGUGGGGGUGGUGUGCGGAAGCCGUUGGACCCAUCGCAGCGGAAAGUGAACUACAAUCCCACUGCUGAGCAGCUGUGGGCGCCGGUGGCAGGUCCCGCGCACCCAUAUGCGAAGGAUGGUGUGGCGCAGGGGUUGCGAAACCACAAAAUAGGGUUUGUGGAGGAUGCAGCCAUAGCGCCGUUUAUGUUCGACGAGCAGUACAACACGUUUCAUGCUUAUGGGUUCGCGGCUGACCCUGGAGCUACAGCGGGAAACAACAUAGUCGGGGAUUCCAGUGCCGUGAAAGCUACUGAUGGAGCCUCGGUAUACAACCUGCCGCAGCACGAGCAUAGGAAGCAGCGCAAGGUGAAUAAGAAGAGGUCUAGGAGUGACGACGAGGAGCUUGACGAGGAGGAGAAAGAGAAGGUUGAGAAUCCUGCAUCUGAAGAAUGGCUACUUAAAAAUUCUCAAUCGCCGUGGGCUGGCCAGAAGGAAGGUUUGCAGGGCGAGCUCACCGAGGAGCAAACAGUGUAUGCAGAAUUGCAUGCCGAGAAAAAGAGUCAGAAGGAGAAAGGAGAGAAGGUGGAUAUCGAUGAUAAGAGUACCUUCCAUGGCAAGGAGGAGGUGGAUUACCAAGGACGAUCGUGGAUUGCUCCUCCGAAGGAUGUUAAGGCCACCAAUGAGCAUUGUUACAUUCCGAAGAGAUGGGUGCACACAUGGAGUGGGCACACCAAGGGUGUUUCUGCGAUUAGGUUUUUCCCUAAGUAUGGACAUCUUCUCCUUUCCGCCAGCAUGGACACGAAGGUUAAAAUAUGGGACGUUCAUGGUAGUGGAAAGUGCAUGCGAACGUACAUGGGUCAUUCUAAAGCAGUCAGGGAUAUUACUUUUAACAAUGAUGGGUCGAAGUUUCUGACCGCUUCGUAUGAUAGAAAGAUCAAGCUUUGGGAUACAGAGACUGGACAAGUUAUUUCGACGUUCAGUACAGGAAAAAUUCCUUACGUGGUGAAGUUCAAUCCUGACGAUGAUAAGCAAAAUGUUCUGCUUGCGGGGAUGAGUGACAAGAAGAUUGUGCAGUGGGACAUGAACACUGGGCAGAUCAGUCAAGAAUAUGAUCAGCACUUAGGUGCAGUCAACACAAUUACAUUUGUUGAUAACAAUCGAAGAUUUGUAACAUCAAGCGAUGAUAAAUCGUUGCGUGUGUGGGAGUUUGGUAUACCAGUGGUGAUCAAAUAUAUUAGCGAGCCUCAUAUGCAUUCAAUGCCCGCUAUUACUGUUCACCCAAAUACGAACUGGUUCGCAGCUCAGAGUUUAGAUAAUCAGAUUCUUAUUUACAGUACCCGGGAGCGGUUCCGCCUAAACAAGAAGAAGCGUUUUGCUGGGCACAUCGCAGCUGGAUAUGCAUGCCAAGUGAAUUUUUCACCAGACGGGCGGUUUAUAAUGUCAGGGGAUGGUGAGGGUCGCUGCUGGUUUUGGGACUGGAAAACCUGUAAAGUGUUUCGCACUCUUAAGUGCCACGACAGUGUGUGUAUUGGGGUUGAGUGGCAUCCCUUAGAGCAGUCUAAGGUGGCUACUUGCGGCUGGGAUGGCCUCAUCAAAUACUGGGACUAAGGAAUUUUGGGGGACUAGAUAAAAAUAAUUGCUGGACGCUUUUUCACCUUCAAUAUUUUCUUCAAGAAACUGGAACUGAAAAUCAAAUAUCCAGUUUUGACCUUUGUCUGGAAACGCAGUAGUUAACUAUUUGCUGCCGUUGCCUACUCACGAUGAGGGCCUUCGUUGGGGCUCGCAACAAGCCUUACGUGCUCAGGUUUCGAGUCCAAGAUUAAGACUUGAUUCGACUCGAUCACUGCUCCAUGGUAUUCAGCGAUUCAACUCGAUCACUACCAUACGCCGUGUCAUCUACUCAAGAGAGCCUAUGAGGUUAAGAUCUUCUCCUCUUCUGUAAUUUUCCGAUUCGGCGAAUGACUCUAUACUGCUCGUCGUGUGGUUUCUCCUCGAAAAUUUGUGAUUUAUUCUUCUAACGUUGGUCAGAAAUUCGUAGUGCAAUAUUCGAGGAAUGCUGCGAGCAAGUAUUUCUUUCUGAAAGCUCUUGCCAACGAGUUUUACAUGCGUCCAGUUGAGGAGGAUAGGAUUUAGCUCUUAAAAUAGAGAAAUGCAGAAAAUCUUUCAUGCCCACAACACUGUGUCAUAGCCUUUCUCCUGUACCUUUCCACAAGUGGACUUUUACUUCGCCAAAAUGCCGAUUUGUAUAAGCAAGAUUAUGUUCGUAAUGGAACAUGAGAUGUUACCUUUGUGAGUUUUUUUCC